GUCAUGGAGUGGCAUCGAAGAUGAAACUUUGAAGAAUGUGAGGCAUGCCAGACGCCUUAGGGGCUCUCUGACAGAGCGAGGGCACGAUGGGAUCUGUUGUAGACCUCAAGAAGAAGGCCCAUCUCUUGGCCCACACUGCAUCAGUGCUGAACAGAAACCGUGGGGCAACUGUUGCAGCAGUUUUACUGAUUAGUGGUGGUUCCUAUUCCUAUUAUCUGAAGAUUCUUGCCAAUGCAGCAAGGAAGAGAAAGCACAAGUCUCAAACAGUUGUGAUUGGAAACAAUGCAAAGAAGAGUAAGAAGAAUGGGAAAUCGGGCGACUCUCUCAAGAAGCUGCUCAACUUUUUGCUGCCCAUCGCUGGCAAGCGCAUCCUUCUCCUGCUGGGCCUGGCAGUCGUCCGCACCGCCUUCUCCAACAGGCUUGCGAGAAUGCAGGGCUUCAUGUUCCGCGCAGCCUUCCUGCGGAAGGUCCCUCUCUUCAUCCGCAACUUCACAGAGAAUGUAGUCCUGUGCCUGGCGGCCGCGGCGAUAGAGUCGACCUCCAACCGCUUCCUCCAGCUGCUGAAGCUGGACUGGAGGAGCGUGCUCACCUCGCGCGUCCACAAGCAGUACUUUGACCAGAUGACGUACUACAAGCUGUCCUACGUGGACCGGCGGGUGACCAAUCCGGAGCAGCGCAUCUGCGAGGACAUCCCCAAGCUCUGCGACGGCCUGGGGGACCUGGUUGGAGAGUGGACCAAGUGCGCGGUCGACGCCGUGUUCUACUCGUGGGUGCUGCGCAGCUACACGCGCACCAACAAGUACACCGCUGUGAUCAUCGCGUAUGUCUUCGGCGCGGGGGCCAUGACCGUCUCCAUGUCGCCCAACUUUGGGCGGCUCUUCAAGCGCCAGGCCGACAAUGAGGGGUCGUACCGGCAGCUGCACGCACGGCUCCGGACGAACGCGGAGCCAGUGGCAUUCUAUGGGGGCAUUGAAAAGGAGGGCAACCUCAUAGUGAGCAAGUUCAAGGAGCUGGUCAGGCACCAGGUCAAGCUGCUCAACACCCAAUGGCGCUUUGCCAUGUGGCAGGACUUCCACACCAAGUACCUGGCGGCGACGAUGGCGGUGAUCCUGAUCAUCGGCCCCUUCUUCUCGGGGCACCUGCGGCCGGGGGAGACCACGCGCGGACGCGCCAGCAUGCUGGCCAACAUGCGCUACCACACGAGCGUUAUCAUCUCGCUCUUCACCGCACUCGGCACGCUGGCCGCCUCCUCGCGCAAGCUCAUGAAGCUGGGCGCCUACGCCGACCGCAUCCUCGAGCUUGAAAACACCGCCAAGGAGAUCUCCGCAGGCAUGAAUGCGGGGGAGCAGGCGAGCCGCGGCCGCAUCGAGGCAGCGGAUGACGAGAUCGCGUUUGAGAAUGCAAUGGUGGUCACUCCGGCGGACGCGACACUUGUUAAGGACCUGAACCUGCGGGUGCAGAGCGGCACCAACCUGUUAGUCACUGGGCCCAACGGCUCCGGCAAGUCCAGCCUGUUCAGAGUCCUCGGCGGCCUCUGGCCCCUCACUGCCGGCACGGUAAAGAAGCCUGGCGGCCCAGAGGGGGGCCUGGCGCAUGAGAUUUUCUACGUGCCGCAGAGGCCCUAUGUCACGCUGGGCACGCUGCAGGACCAACUCAUCUACCCUGUUGAGCGCCUAGUGAGCGAGGGGGAUGUGAUCCCCGAGGCAGAGCUGCGCGCGCUGCUGCGGGCGGUGGACUUGGAGUAUUUGGUGGAGAGGGAGGGGGGACUGGACGCCGUUGUAGACUGGGGCACCCAGCUCAGCCUGGGGGAGCAGCAGCGGCUGGGCAUGGCGCGGCUAUUCUAUCACCGCCCCAAAUUUGCCAUCCUCGACGAGUGCACCUCCGGCGUCACGGUGGACAUGGAGGAGCGGUUCUGCCAGAUGGUGAAGGAGCUGGGCUGCACGUGCGUGACCAUCAGCCACCGCCCGGCGCUCAUGGCCUUCCACGACAUCGUCCUCGCGCUCGACGGCGAGGGCGGCUGGUCCCUGCACCGCGGCGCCCGCGGCCUCUCCUCCGAAGAGGGCCACGCCAAGCCAGGUGCCGCAUUGCGGAGCGGCGGGGGCGGCAACUCGCGCGGCACGGACGCGGCGGAGUGCCUGGAGGGGCUGCAGAGCGGGCUGCCGCAAAAGGCGGCGGCUGCCGGAGGUAACAUCAUCGCGCGCGCGCCGGCCUUCGACCCGGCGCGCGAUCUGGCGAUCGUGCCGCCAAACCUGGCGCUGCAGCCGGCGCGGCUGAGCACGUGGGCGCGCUGGCGCACCGUGCUGCGCGAGCUGCUCGGCCGCGGCCGCGGCGCCUCCGGCCAGCUCAGCGCCAUCCUGGUGGUGGUGUCGCUGCGGUCGUUGCUGCAGGACCGCAUGGCUGCGCUGAAUGGGCGCACGGUUGAGUACGUGCUCAAGCAGGACAAGGCCGCCUUCGUGCGCCUCAUUGGCCUCUCCGUCGCACAGGCGCUGGCGUCGGCGAUCUUGGCUCCGUCGCUGCGGCACGUGGCGGACUCGCUGGCGCUGCACUGGCGCAAGCAGCUGACGGCCGUGACUCACAAGCGCUACCUCCAGCGCAUCAAUUUCUACACCGUCUCCAACCUCGCCGGCAUGCAGGACGUGGACCAGCGGCUGACGCGUGACGUGGAGCGAUUAUGUGAUGACCUGUCGGCACUCAUUCCCAGCCUGGUCAAGCCAGUGGUGGACAUCGCCUGGUUCAGCGUGCAGCUCUACCAGCUGACCGGCCGCCGCGGAAUGGCCAUCCUCUACCUCUACGCCUUCCUCGGCUUUGGCGCCCUCUCCGCCGUCACCCCGGACUUUGGCGGCCUCGCCCGCAAGGAGUACUUCCUGGAGGGCGCGUUCCGCAACAUCCACACGCGGCUGCGCACGCACGCGGAGAGCGUGGCCUUCUUCGGCGGGGGCGCGCGCGAAGGGUCCACAAUCGCCACCGUCUUUGACAGCCUGCUCGCCCACCUGCGCUCAGUCGUCGACGUCAGGUGGCUGUACUCUGUGGCGGAUGAUUUCUUCACAAAGCAGCUACCGCACAAUGUCACCUGGGGCCUCACUGUGCUGUAUGCGCUGGACGCCUCCAAGGACCUUAACGACCUGGCUGCACAGGGGCAGCUGGUGAAUGACAUGCGCUACCUGGCGUCCGUAGUGACGCAGUGCUUCACCGCCUUUGGCGAGCUGCUGGCACUCAAUAAGCGCUUCGCUGAGCUCAGCGGCGGAAUCACCAGGGUGUCGGAGAUGUUGGAGGUGGUGCAGAAGGCGGACCGGCUGCACGUGGAGGAGAACCUGGAGCGCUCCAUGAGCGCCAGCCCCGCCUCGGAAAACCAGUCCAUCAUCCAGUUCAAGGACGUGGACGUGGUGACCCCGAAUGGCAAGCUGCUGGCGCGGCGGCUGAGCCUGCUGGUGCAGCAGGGGCACAGCGUGCUGGUCACGGGCCCCAACGGCUCGGGCAAGAGCAGCCUCUUCCGCAUCCUGGGCGGCCUCUGGCCCCUGACGGCCGGCGCCAUCCGCCGCCCCGGCUCUGCCGACGUGGCCGCCUCGCGCCACAUCUUCUACGUGCCGCAGAAGCCCUACACCACCAUCGGAACCCUGCGCGAGCAGGUGGUCUACCCGCUGAGUGUGGCGGAGGCGGUGGCGAUGGAGGGCGAGGGCAGCGAUGCAAUAGAAGCGGCCGCGAUCCUUGACGCUCGGUUGGACGCUCUGAUGGGCGUGGUGCGGCUGCAGUACCUGGUCGCGCGCGAGGGCGGCUGGGGCGCCGUAGCAGAGUGGGGCGAGACCCUCUCCCUCGGCGAGCAGCAGCGGCUGGGCAUGGCGCGGCUGUUCUUCCAGAACCCCAAGUUUGGCGUGCUUGACGAGUGCACCAACGCUACCAGCGUAGACGUCGAGGAGCAUCUGUACAGGCAUGCUGCGGAGCUGGGCAUCACCCUGAUAACGAUAACACAGAGGGCGGCGCUGCUCAAGUACCACUCAGUUGAGCUGCGCCUGAUUGAUGGCGAGGGGGACUGGCAGCUGCGCACCAUUGUGCCCGAGGACAGCUGAGCAUCGGCCGUUGCAGCUGUUGCAACGCAGCAAAGCAGUCUGUCCUGUAUUCUGUAACAUUGCAGACUCUUAUGCCAGGCAGUGACACUGCAGUGUCUCAGUGUCUAUUGUGGUGCUUCUGGUAGCAGCGCUGGGAGCAGCCUGAAUGUAUGAUAUCUGUUUGCGUGCAUGCAGCUGAUUUGUGGCCACCCUAGAAGGCUCAGUUGCUUCGGCUUCCUAUGUGGAAAACUUAGCUGUGGUGAGGGCGUUUGGGACAUGGUAUAUAUGCGUGAGGCAGUUGUGCAACUGAGUAAGCAAUCCAGCGGAUCGAACCUGAGGAUGUUGUAGAUUGAAUCAAGCCAUUGCAUCUGCCAUUACUAAUUAUUGCAAGACCUUUCUAAGCAAUACAAAUUGGCGACUGCCAAAA